AAACUGCUUGCUCACCCUCUUCUUAACCGUUUACUUUGAACCAUUCCAAACCUCCAACCGUCUCCCAGCUCCCUUACUCUAUCUUUCCAAGAAAAUCCCUUCUUCUUUUUCUCUUUCAUGUCUUUACCAAACCCAUUACCCAACCAUUUUCUUUUUGCUUUUUAGUUCAGGGGUGGUGAUGGUGCUGGAGAUGCUUUCAAGGCCUCUAGAGAGGUGUUUUAAAGGUGGAGAUGGUGGGGAUGCACUUCUAUGGCACAUGGACUUGAAGCCUCAUGCUUCAGGGGAUUAUUCAAUUGCUGUUGUACAAGCUAACUCCUUGCUAGAAGACCAAGGGCAGGUCUUCACUUCUCCUUCUGCCACUUAUGUUGGCGUCUAUGAUGGCCAUGGUGGCCCUGAGGCUUCUCGGUUUAUUGCUGAUAAUCUAUUCCCUUUUAUCCACAAGUUCGCAACAGAACAAGGUGGACUAUCAGCAGAUGCUAUAAGGAAGGCAUUUGAUGCAACAGAAGAGGAAUUCUUGCAUUUGGUAAAGCGAUCAUGGACAGCUCAGCCUCAGAUAGCUUCAGUCGGUUCCUGUUGCCUUGUUGGGGCAAUAUCAAAUGGUAUUUUGUAUGUGGCAAAUCUUGGGGACUCGAGGGCUGUGCUUGGCAAGAGAGUAUCUGAAGGCAAGACAAGUAGUGCAGUGGUGGCUGAACGUUUAUCUACUGAUCAUAACGUCUGCGUUGAGGAGGUGAGGAAGGAGGUGGCAGCACUCCAUCCUGAUGAUUCACACAUUGUGGUUUAUACUCGUGGUGUUUGGCGGAUAAAGGGCAUAAUUCAGGUUUCAAGAUCAAUAGGAGAUGUAUAUCUAAAGAAACCUGAGUUCAACAGAGAUCCUCUUUUCCAGCAAUUUGGAUUGUCUGUUCCAUUGAAAAGGCCUGUGAUGACAGCAGAACCCUCAAUAUUGGUUCGACAGUUAAGGCCACAGGACUUGUUCUUGAUAUUUGCUUCAGAUGGUCUUUGGGAGCAAUUGAGCGAUGAAACAGUUGUAGAUAUAGUUUUGAAGAACCCGCGAGCUGGGAUAGCAAGGCGAUUAAUAAGGGCUGCCCUGCGGGAGGCUGCAAGGAAAAGAGAAAUGAGAUAUGACGACAUAAAAAGAAUUGAAAAAGGAGUGAGGCGCCAUUUCCACGAUGAUAUUACCGUCAUUGUUUUGUACCUGGAUCAUCCGCUAGGUCCUUCGAAUGGAAGAUUCAAAGAUCACAGUGUUGUUGAAUGCACAAGUACCCCUGCUGAUAUCUUCUCACUAGAUGUAGUAGAUGAAGGGCAAUGUUAGCUUCAUAUUUCUCUCUGAACAAAGACUACAGGAAAUUGGUAAUAUGAUAGCUGGUGAAUACAGAUAAUAAAUUAUGGUUACAUGAUUCCUCUGCUUUAGGACAGGAUGAAAUUGAAUUAAUAAAUCAAAGGAGGGGAAGGUUGUAUGUAUGUAGUUUUCAGUUUUGUUUUGAAAAGUUCCAUUGUAAACUAUUUUUGCUCAUUGUUUAUCAUCCUCAUAGAAUUUACAGAAAGUGUAGUAAGCUUUAUGAUGGAAUGCAGUUGAAUUGAAAGAGCUGUGAAAUUUGAUGUUAUAAA